AUGGUAAAGCUGGGUGCUGAGAUGUCUUUGAACCAGCCUGCUGUGGAUUGCUUCCCUUACUCCAGGAUGCUGGCUCUGCUGGUAGAAGUGAUGACAGAACUUAUAAAGCACGGGUGCGAGAGGAUAGAACAGACCAUCAAAGCCUCGGGCUCCAGGCUGUGCUCCUAUGCUGAAAGAGUUGCCUUCUUAAUGGACCGUUCCAAAAACCCGGAUAACAGCCCCCAGCCUCCGACACCGACUGACAACAUCAACCUUGGCCCUUCUGCUAAUCCGAAUGCCAAGCCAACGGACUUUGAUUUUUUGAAAGUUAUUGGCAAAGGAAGCUUUGGAAAAGUUCUCCUGGCCAAACGCAAGUCUGAUGGGAUGUCUUAUGCUGUGAAAGUCUUGCAGAAGAAAUCCAUCCUGAAGAAAAAAGAGCAAACCCACAUUAUGGCGGAACGCAAUGUGCUGCUGAAAAAUGUGAAACAUCCUUUCCUGGUGGGCCUCCACUACUCUUUCCAGACCUCCGAGAAGCUCUACUUUGUGCUAGACUAUGUCAAUGGGGGAGAGCUCUUCUUCCACCUGCAGAGAGAGCGCUGUUUCCGUGAACCUCGUGCCCGCUUUUACGCAGCUGAAGUAGCCAGUGCAGUAGGGUACCUGCAUUCCUUGAACAUAAUCUACAGGGACUUAAAACCUGAAAACAUCCUCCUGGACUGCCAGGGACACAUAGUACUGACAGACUUUGGACUUUGCAAAGAAGGAAUGGAGCCAGAGGAAACGACGUCUACUUUUUGUGGCACCCCAGAGUACUUGGCCCCAGAAGUGCUAAGAAAACAACCCUAUGACAGAACAGUAGACUGGUGGUGUCUGGGAGCUGUCCUCUAUGAGAUGCUGUUUGGGUUGCCUCCCUUUUACAGCCGGGAUGUGUCUCAGAUGUAUGACAAUAUUCUACACCAGCCACUCCAGAUCCAAGGAACCAAGACCAUGGCAGCUUGUGAUAUCUUACAGGGACUGCUUCACAAGGACCAGAAGAGGAGGCUGGGGGCCAAGAUGGACUUUCUUGAGAUCAAGAAUCAUGUGUUCUUCAGCCCAAUAAACUGGGAUGACUUGUAUCACAAGAGGAUCACUCCUCCCUUCAACCCCAAUGUGUCUGGUCCUGCUGAUCUGCGACAUUUUGACCCAGAGUUCACACAAGAAGCGGUCUCGAACUCCAUCACCCGGACACCUGACUUAGCAGCCAGCUGCUCCAGUGUCUCAGAUGCUUUUUUAGGGUUUUCUUAUGCACCGACUGAUGAGGACUUUCAGGUUUUUAAAUAG